UAGCGGAUUUUAUAGACAAGGCUCAGUGCAAGUUGCAAGGUUGGCAGUGGGUGGGGAUCAAACCAGGAACCCUCAGGUUGCUGGCACGGCCACUCUACCAACCGCGCCACGCCGUCCCCAUAUAUAUAUAUUUUGCAUUCUAUUUUAGUUACUUUAUUGAGUUUACAACCCCCCUGGCGCUGUUUUGUACUGUUUUUUUUUAAACUUAUUUUUGAUUAUUAUUAUUAUUUCUCAAUUUUUUGUUAAUGUUGCAAUUUAUAAAUAAAGGUUUAUAAAAUUAAAUUAAAAUAAUAAAAUAAAAUAAAAAAGGGGUAAAAAAAAUAAAUAAAUAAAUAAAAAAGGGACAAGCGGUAGGAAAAUGGAUGGAAAAAAGAAUGGGCCAAUACUGGGUGGAACAGGCCCCGCCCCUUUAAGGAGGUACUACAACCAAAACAAGCCCGCCCACUCCUCCACUAAGGCGGACUGCGGUGAGGCAGAGCGUGGAGAGUGCCGCGACUCUCACACACGGCGGCCGCGGGAGUGAGGGCAGGGGUGGGCGAGGGCACCGCGGGCUCCGACUUCCAACCGGCGGGAGGAAGGAAUAAGAAGCGGGAGGAUUCAAUUCACCAGGAAGACUCUGGAAAUACUGGGGGGGAAAGGGAGCGCUGUGGAGAGGACGCGGGGCUCCGGGUGGCCCUGAAGUGUUUGUAUGAGUUAGGCGUGUGUGUGUGAGUUAGGUGUGCGUGUGUGCGUGUGUGUGUGUGUGUGUGUGUGUGUGUGUGUGUGUGUGUGUGUGUGUGUGUGUGUGUGUGUGUGUGUGGAGCCGGUGGAUGCGCAGGGGAACAUGAGUAUCAUUCUAAAGCCAAGGUCACGCUCCACCAGCUCGCUGAAGAACACGGAAGGACUAUGUUUCGACGUAGACAAUGGAACCUCAUCAGGUCGCAGUCCACUGGACCCGAUGGCCAGCCCAGGAUCUGGCCUCAUCCUGCAGGCCAAUUUCGUCCACAGCCAGCGGAGAGAGUCGUUCCUGUAUCGCUCCGACAGCGACUACGACCUCUCGCCCAAAUCCAUGUCCCGAAACUCCUCCAUCGCCAGCGACAUCCAUGGUGACGACAUGAUUGUAACGCCAUUUGCACAGGUCCUUGCAAGCUUAAGAACCGUACGGAACAACUUUGGUGCAUUAACUAACCUGCAGCAAGACAGAGCAUCCAAUAAUAAGAGAUCACCCAUGUGCAACCCACCCCCUAUCACCAAGACCACCUUUACAGAGGAGGCCUACCAGAAACUGGCCACUGAGACCCUGGAGGAGCUGGACUGGUGCCUGGACCAGCUGGAGACGCUGCAGACCAGACACUCGGUCAGCGAGAUGGCAUCCAACAAGUUCAAGAGGAUGCUGAACAGGGAGUUGACUCACCUGUCAGAGAUGAGUCGUUCAGGGAAUCAGGUGUCUGAGUUCAUCUCCAGCACCUUCCUAGACAAGCAACAUGAAGUGGAGAUGCCAACGCCUCAGACGCAGAAGGACAAGGAGAAGAAGCCCAUGUCUCAGAUCAGCGGCGUGAAGAAGCUGCAGCACUCAUCUAGCCUCACCAACUCCAACAUACCUCGCUUCGGCGUCAAGAUAGAGACGGAGGACGAGCUGGCAAAGGAGCUGGAGCACGUGAACAAAUGGGGCCUUAACGUUUUCAAAAUCUCCGAGUUCUCUGGGAAUCGGCCGCUGACAGUCAUGAUGUACACCAUAUUCCAGGAGCGAGACUUGUUAAAAACGUUUAAAAUUCCACUGGACACCUUUAUCACCUACCUGAUGACCUUGGAGGAUCAUUACCACGGCGACGUGGCGUACCACAACAACAUCCACGCUGCUGACGUCACACAGUCCACACAUGUGCUGCUAUCCACCCCUGCACUGGAGGCCGUGUUCACCGACCUGGAGAUCCUGGCUGCCAUCUUUGCCAGCGCCAUUCACGACGUGGACCACCCGGGAGUGUCCAACCAGUUCCUCAUCAACACCAAUUCUGAGCUGGCGCUGAUGUACAACGACGCGUCGGUACUAGAGAACCACCACCUGGCUGUGGGCUUCAAGCUCCUGCAGGAGGAGAACUGUGACAUCUUUCAAAACCUGACCAAAAAACAACGACAAUCACUUCGAAAGAUGGUCAUCGAUAUUGUGUUGGCUACUGAUAUGUCCAAGCACAUGAAUCUACUGGCUGAUCUCAAAACUAUGGUGGAAACCAAAAAGGUGACCAGCUCGGGGGUCUUGCUGCUGGAUAACUAUUCUGAUCGGAUACAGGUUCUGCAGAACAUGGUGCACUGUGCAGACCUGAGCAACCCCACCAAGCCCCUGCAGCUCUACAGGCAGUGGACCGACCGCAUCAUGGAGGAGUUCUUCAGCCAGGGCGACCGAGAGAGGGAGCGGGGCAUGGAGAUCAGCCCCAUGUGCGACAAACACAACGCCUCGGUGGAAAAGAGCCAGGUCGGCUUCAUCGACUACAUAGUCCACCCCUUGUGGGAGACGUGGGCCGACCUGGUGCACCCGGACGCCCAGGACAUUUUGGACACGCUGGAGGACAACAGGGAGUGGUACCAAAGCACCAUCCCCCAAAGCCCGUCCCCCGCCCUGGACGAACCCGAGGACGGCGGCCGGCACCCGGUGGGGGACAAGUUCCAGUUCGAGCUCACGCUGGAGGAGGACGGCGAGUCCGACACGGAGAAAGACAGCGGCAGCCAGCCAGACGAGGAAGAGGAGGAGGAGGAGGAGGAAGAGGAGGAGGAAAACAGCUGUACGGACUCAAAAACACUCUGCACGCAGGACUCGGAAUCCACGGAGAUUCCCUUGGACGAGCAGGUGGCGCAGGACGAGGAGGUGGCGGAGGAAGGGGACACUUCAUACUCGCAAACUUGUGUGGUGGAGGAGGAGGAGGAGGAGGUGGCGGAGGAACAGGAGGAGGAAGAGAAAAGCCCCGACACAUAGCAGUCCAGGACAGCGCCUGAUGAACUCUUCUUCUUAGUAAUGAUCAUCGAUAGAAUAUUCUGCGAGGGGAUGGUCCGUGUUCUUUUCGUACCUUCUGAAGCCACGCCCCCCUCUGCUCUGUUUAGACACACCCACCAUACGUUCUGUUAAGCCAAGAUCAAACAGGCACACCUUGGCCACGCCUCCUCCGGCCACACGAACCUUCUUGGUGACGCCCCCCACUAAGCCACUCCCCUCACCGGCGGUACUCACCCACUUUUUAUUUUGUACUCAGGUAAAAUUCCUCACCAUUGCUGUGUUUUCCAUAGUCAAUUGGCCAUUUUUGACCCCCUUUCCACCUUUCUUUUCAACCAAUCACAUUGAGGGAUGGAGCGAGAGGCGGAGCCAGUAGAAACACACGAUAUGGAAGUCUUCCUUGGAAAGCGAUGUUGCUGUAUUCAGAUAUUUUAUACACUUAAUUUAGCUUUGGUGUGAAUGAUGAGCUCAUUUUUAAGUGUGUUCUUUUUUUGCGCCGGAGGGGCAGCAAACUCAUUAAGGCGACGAUAGCAUUUAUACCACUUAAUACGCUCUCACUCGGCCAACAAGGACUUUAUUUUUAUUCGAUCUAGAUGGCCGCUGAGGAGAAAAGAAAGAAGGCGGAGCCUUUACCUUUUAUUGUUGCCUACAGUUCUUUUUGAACACAUCCUGAGACAAUGCAAUGCUUUCUAGUCCAUACAAAAAGCACCUUUUUUUCAUUAUUAGUGCUCAUAAAAAUACAUAUAUAUAUAUAUAUAUAUAUAUACAUAUAUAUAUAUAUAUAUAUAGUACAGGCCAAAGGUUUGGACACACCUUCUCAUUCAAUGUGUUGUCUUUAUUUUCAUGACUAUUUACAUUGUAGAUUGUCAGUGAAGGCAUCAAAACUAUGAAUGAACACAUGUGGAGUUAUGUACUUAACAAAAAAAGGUGAAAUAACUGAAAACAUGUUUUGUACUCUAGUUUCUUCAAACUAGUUUCAUGAAAAUAAAGAAAAUGCAUUGACU